AUGGUCCUCCAGUGGAUUUACGCCACCGUCUCUCCAGAAAUUCUCCCCUCCAUCCUCAUUGAUGACGAUCUUGCUGAAAAUUCCUGGAAACUCGUUCAUCAGAUUUUUCAGGACAACCAGAAUUAUAGAGUUGCUUUCCUCAAAACGAAAUUGACCAACACAAAGAUGGUGGACUCCUCGGUGGUUGCCUACUGCAAUCGCCUAAAGUCUCUUGCAGACCAAUUGGCCAACGUUGGAUCUCCUGUCUCUGAUCAACAACUAGUGCUACGCACUCUUGCGGGACUGCCUGAAGCCUAUUCCUAUUUUCUCACCAAUAUACAGCAGAAGAAAACUAUGCCUUCCUUCAUGAAGAUUUGUUCUCGGUUAAAGCUAUAG